AUGAGCGGACCAGGAAUCGAAGGAUUGGCCGUCGGUCUCAACAAGGGACAUGCUGCUACCCAGCUUCCAGUCAAGCAGCGUCAAAACAGACACAAGGGAGUCGCUUCCAAGAAAACCAAGAUCGUGCGCGAGCUUGUCCGCGAAAUCACCGGAUUUGCUCCAUAUGAGCGUCGUGUUCUUGAAAUGCUUCGUAUCUCCAAGGAUAAGCGUGCCCUCAAGUUCUUGAAGAGACGUAUCGGAACCCACCGUCGUGCUAAGGCCAAGAGAGAGGAGCUCCAAAACGUCAUCAUCGCUCAGCGCAAAGCUCACAAAUAA